UUAGCCUGUCGCACUUCCGGGCGUGGCGAACGACUUGACUGAUGUUCUUCUCUCGGCCUGACGGCAGCUCGCGAGGUCAUGCAAGCGCGUCAAGCUAAUCACCGAGCAUGAGCCUGCUCAGUUCCCCAAACGGCCAAGUCUUUCAUGUCCGUUCGGAGAACGUGCAUAGCCUCUACCCUUCAUGGUGUUGCCGGCAUGAAGACUCUUCCCCUACCUACACCAAGCACCGUAGAUUGCUCCUCCGCCUGCUCAUCGAGGUGGGCGUCCGCAAGCAACGCUGGAAGGCGGCAACGACGGCGCCGGCAAUUGCCGAGUCGUCCUCUGGAAGCGAAUUCUCGGACGUUGCCUGAUCCCAGGUUGAGACGAGCGCUCACCGUCCCUCCGUUCGUUUCCCCUCCCCACUUUCCUUCUUUCUGGUCAUGGUCACUCGUUUCUAUCUUUUGGCUGUCGCCGCCUCUUCCCUCCUGGUUUCCGCAGUCAAGGUUCCGCUCAAGCAAACGAAGCGAACGGAUCGGCUCGACCGGCGCAAUGGCAACUCCAACUUUAAGGUCCUCGCGGCAGCUGCAGGCGACGGCGAUGACAGUGGCCUGCUUGACCUCGACACUGUUCACGACUUGAUUUACAUGUCCGACAUCAAUGUCGGGGGGAAUGACUAUGUCGUCCAACUCGACACUGGCUCCUCGGACUUGUGGAUCAAGGGCGACACCUAUCCCCUCCCCAACUCGGACAUCUCUGCUUUGUCCGUCAAUGUUACCUACGGUAUCGGCUGGUGCAACGGCUCUAUCGCCUUUGCAGACGUGGAAUUCGCAAAUAUAUCCGUCUCCAAACAAGCAUUCCUCGACGUCUCCACCGCGCAGAGCCCCGCACUCUCCUACCAAGCCGACGGCAUCCUCGGCCUCGGCUUCACCUCCCUCUCUACCAUCGACUACGCGCUCAACUCCACCGGCUCUGACAAGGGCCGCAGCCUCCUUUACAACCUCUUCGAGGACAACCCCAACGAACCCAACUUCAUCUCCUUCCUGAUGCAGCGCAGCACCGACGACUCGGACGACAUCGAGGGCACAUUCACCAUUGGCGAAUACGUCGACGAGUAUAAGGACGUGCAGAAGCAGACGGCGAUCCCUACGUUCCCUGAGACGGCACCCACGCGCUGGACCGUGCUCGUUGACUAUCUGUUCGUCGGUGACGAUACGAUUUCGCCAACGACUUCGGUUCCGGGCGUGCAGGUCAACCAGGCGGUUGCCCUUCUUGACAGCGGCACGUCUUAUACGUAUGCACCGGACGACAUCGUUGACGCUAUCUACAAGGGCGUGGAUGGCGCGCGCUUCGACUCAAGCUUGGGUCAGUGGGUCGUGCCGUGUGAUGCUGAAAUCGACAUGGCUCUUCAGAUUGGCGGCCAGGUCUUCCCUCUGCACCCGCUCGAUGUGACUCCUACUGGCUUGACUGACCAGAACCAAUGUGUCGGUUCCUUCGUACCCGGCUCGCUCGCUGUCGCCGAAGGAAACUUCGACUGGCUCAUCGGCGACAACUUCCUUCGCUCCGUUUACUCGGUCUACGACUUCGGUGACUUCGACAAGGACGGCAAGAUGAGCGAUCCCUACGUCAAGAUGCUUUCAAUCGUUGACCCGAACGAGGCCUCGAAAGAAUUUGCCUCUCAGCGCAAUACCAGCCCUCGCAGCGGCAUCUCUUACUCAGCUCAAAGCGUUGAGCAGGCGUCCAUGUCAGUCACCGUGUCUGGCGAUGUCGCCAGCACGCUCGACAAACUCACCACCUACCUCCCCGCCAUGCUUGCCAUCAUGGCGCUCAACGCGGUCGUUCUUCUCGCUCUUGGCGUCUCUGGCAUGGUCUAUCUCUGCCGCCAAAAACGCAGGAGAUCCGUCAUGGGUCGUACCGGACGUCGUAUGAGCCCUAUGCCCAUGAACCCGCGUCACAGCUACAUCGCUGGCGUCCCCGCGCACGAACAGCCACACUCGUACGAGCCAGUCAGCAUGGCCAUCACCGAGGACACCUUCGUCGCCCCAUCCCCGCGCUACAUGGAAUUCGAGGGCGGGCGGCCCAAGAGCCCGGGCGACCGGCCGCGCAGCGUCGCGGUCCCCCACUUGAGGGCGCAAGCCUCUCAGCAGGACAGGCCUAUGUCCUAUGCCGCGUAG